GUCCGCUAUUCUUCUUGUCAUGACUAUACGCUUUGUCUGCCCAUUCCACAAGAGGCGGCCACUAAUGUGUCCGAUUUUCUUGACUACGAGCGUCAACGACGUGAACUUGAGGAAGCUGGACUUCAUACAGUAGCCCGAAACCUGGAUCCGAUUCGUCUUAUAAUUCCGAUUGAGGCUUGUCUAUCAGCCUGGGCAGAAAAGAAACGGGUUGAAGACUUCGCCAGUCCGGAACUGCCAUCAGGACAGAAGACAUAUGCCCUUCGGUCGGUCAGAUUUAAGAACUUUCCUGACUUUCUCUGCGUUCAGGUUCGUCUUGUUCUUUAUUAUGUUUUUCGCAAGAUCGGUUACUUUCAAAAUUAUGCGCUAAUAUGA